GGCUCGAGUUCCUCUGAUAUGUCUUCCAACUCCACCAACAUGUCCAGCAGUCCGCCUCGGGCCCCGGACCGGAGACGCUCCAGUGGCCAAAACUCAUCCUUGUUCGAGGGUCUGACUAGUCAGAAGCGGAACUCGGCCGACCCCAACUUUGCGUCACGCCGUGAGAGCUAUACCGAGCAGGCUCAGACGGGUGGGAUGUUCGCCCGGUGGUGGGAUGGAUACACCCGCGGAUCUAACCAGGGAAAGUAAAACCACAGGAGGUGUAUAUCUUUGGUAGUAGGUAACAAGUUUAGUCUUUUGUAUCCGCUGUCAUAUUUUGUUUUGUGUUUGUGGUGAGAGAAAAGGAAACCCCUCAGAUGUCCUUGUUGUGUGUAUG